GCAAGUGUAUACAGCUUUGGGGUGUCCCGGUAUUGUAAAGAGGGGAACCCUUCCCGAGGGGAAAAGACCCCACAUGAAACAAUACAGGGAGUGUGCCGCCUUUCCACGGCCCCGGUAACGCCGCCGGCUUUGCUCCUGCUCACUGACUCUCUUCCUCUCUACCUUCUCAACUGCGCCCGCCCAGCCCGCGCUUUGCCGACCCGUCUGCUUCAAACAAUCAAGGAAUGCGAAAAUACAAGGGAAAUCGGGGCGCCCCCUGAGUCCGGGCGGUGGCGAGAUCGUUCAUUCCCGCCCGGGCGGAGCCGCGUGCUGGAGCCCGCCCCCCCGGCUCGUGACUGGUCGUCGGGGAGGGCGGGCGGAGGCCUUUCCGCACUGCGCCCCUCGCUAUUGGUCAGGACGAGAUUCGCUCCGCCAUUGGGUGCGCGUUCGCCGAGAGGCGCCUCGGCCUAUCAGGAUCCGCGGGCGCGCAAGGGAAGGGAUAUAAGGGCGGUCCCGAGGGCGCGGGGGGAACUCAGCAGCUUCUUUCUGUGGUGGCGGGUGUUUAGCAGCGACUGAUCGCUUGAGGAUGUCCGGCCGCGGGAAGCAGGGCGGGAAGGCGCGGGCCAAGGCCAAGUCGCGCUCGUCGCGGGCCGGGCUGCAGUUCCCCGUGGGCCGCGUGCACCGUCUGCUGCGCAAGGGCAACUACGCGGAGCGGGUGGGCGCCGGCGCGCCGGUGUACCUGGCGGCCGUGCUGGAGUACCUGACGGCCGAGAUCCUGGAGCUGGCGGGCAACGCGGCCCGCGACAACAAGAAGACGCGCAUCAUCCCCCGCCACCUGCAGCUGGCCAUCCGCAACGACGAGGAGCUCAACAAGCUGCUGGGCAAGGUGACGAUCGCGCAGGGCGGGGUGCUGCCCAACAUCCAGGCCGUGCUGCUGCCCAAGAAGACCGAGAGUCACAAGGCCAAGAGCAAGUAAACCGGGCCGGGAGAAGCGUCCCGAGCACGGAAACGAAACCCAAAGGCUCU